CUCGCUCUUCACCAUGCAGGAGUCAGAGAAGACGACGUGCGACCCAGAGUCCAUGCAGAACGGAGAGGCCAUGAGUCCGGACGCGCAGGACUCCAAAGGACCGCCGGGGAACGAGGAGACCCAGGGAGCCGUCCCGUCGGCCCCGCCGCUUCCCCAGGAGCCUCCUCUGUGUCCGAGGCCCAAACUGGUGUUUCACGCACAGCUCGCGCACGGGAGCCCGACGGGACGCAUUCACGGCUUCACCAACGUCAGGGAGCUUUACGCCAGGAUCGCAGAGGUCUUCAACAUCUCCGCUUCUGAGAUCCUCUUCUGCACGCUGAACUCGCACAAAGUGGACAUGCAGAAGCUGCUGGGCGGUCAGAUCGGUCUGGAGGACUUCAUCUUCGCGCACGUGAGGGGAGAAACCAAAGAGGUGGAGGUCGUUAAAACCGAAGACGCGCUCGGCCUGACCAUCACCGACAACGGCGCGGGAUACGCCUUCAUCAAAGUGCGGUUAAGUGUGUUUGUGUUUGUGUGUCGAUCAGACAUGAUAGGCCAGAGGACGCGAGCGCCAAAGUCCGGCGAGGGCAAAAUGGUGAGCGGGAAAGAGACGCUGCGGCUGCGCUCCAAAGGAUCGGCCACGCUGGAGGAAAUCCCUGAUGAGUUCGAAGACAAGGCCAUCAAGAAGGUCGACGACCUGCUGGAGAGUUACAUGGGGAUCCGGGACCUCGAGCUCGCGACUACCAUCGUGGAGGCCGGGAAGAACAAGAAGAACCCAGAUGAUUUCGCCGAGGCGCUCGACUCUGUUCUGGGCGACUUCGGCUUUCCUGACGUCUUUCUAUUUGAGGUCUGGGGGGCUAUGGGAGACGUGAAGAAUGGACGCAUUUAGAGAGUACGUCAGACAUCUGAGAGACAUUCAGCUUGAUUUGUGACGUCUGUCAUCUGUUUUCAUAUACACAGUCCUCCCAAUUCCCACGCUGAUCCUGAGGAACGGAGAACGUCAAGGUAUUAGCGGCUAAUCGGCGCGCUAACGCAAACAUUCAAGUGUGUAGAGCAAUAUGAAGUAGGUCAAACUGUAUUUCCCACCAAUGUGUAUAGCUAACAAGGGUGUAAACCAAUCUUGUAAGUGUUUUACAUGAUAAAUUUGACUUUUAGAAGUAUUAUGAUCAAGUAUAUGUUAGCUUAGCUUAGCCUCUGUUUGUUUUGCCGUCUGUUGUGUUAUGUAUAAAUACAUCGUGUUACAGGUGAAAUGAAUGAUCUUUUACGAUUAAUGACAGAUCAUGUGACACGAUUAGCUUGUGUAUAUAAAAACAAUCAAAUAUUUAAUCAAUUCUAUGCACACAUUCGAUGUGUAUUUAACUUAAAAAUCAACUAGAAGAAUGUACGUACCCGUUUUAGAUUACCUGAUGUGACGUGUAAAGAUUAAAAACAUACCACAAAUUGACUUUUGGUUUAUCCACUUUAUUUUAUUCAACUUAUUUUUCCAAAAAACAAAACAAAAACAUGUUUAACAGCAGAGUUCCUGAUGAACAAACUACAUUACCCAUGAUUCUGCAGAAAAAUUCCACCAAUCAGAGAAUGGCGACAAGAGCUCCGCCCACUCUGUGAAUGAUGCAACCUCUCUAUGCUCUUAAACUACUUAAAUAUUUGUGUUUAUAUAUAUAUAUAUAUAUAUAUAUAUAUAUAAUGUACAUGUUA